AUGUCGUCCCAAAUCCCCCGUCCGAAGAAGUCCAGCCUCGACCUAAUAGACAUUAACAAAUCUCUCCCUCCUCUCCCUCCAGAGCCAAGUACACCCCCAAAAAAGAUUCUGGGACGAAGCAUCAGUUACUCUGUUCUCAGGCCACCUGCCUCUGCACCUGUCUCUAGAAACCGGGAAGCCUCAUGUGACUUUCCAAAUCUUGCGAAGCUUAAAACCGAGCUUUUUGGAGCCGAUGUGGAUCGUUAUGGUAGCAAAGAGCCUAGGAAGCAUGUUUGCAAUGUCAGUGUUCUUAUCAACCGUUCUACGGUGCCGGUUCCGGAUGACCCAGAGCUAUAUGAGAGCCCAUCUUGGUGGGCUGGCCGUUAUAUGGCCAUCAGUGAUCGCUUGAGAGGUGAAAUGCCACGAGCCAUUCAAGAAGAGCGAGAUGAAGAAGCACGCCUGGAGAUGAUCGCUCUCUGUGGUGGUAAUAUCCAUAAACAAAGGAGCUUAAAGAUCUGGUGGAUCAACUUCAACAUGAAGCAGGACCAACGUGAAGAAACAAGAAAGCAAAAGGCUGUGGUUUAG